CCCACUUGGGUUGGGCGGCCAGCCAGCACCUCUGUAAAUACGCCGGGGGCCUGUCAUGGGGCGGGUGAAGGAGGCGGUGGCCGAGUGGGGCGGCGCCUGGGGCAGCCUCCAGGGUCCGCUCUGCCACUCCUGAACUGGUCCGGGUCCCCGUGACCGUGGCUUCAGGGAAGCCAACUGUUAGGCGAAGGAGGAGGCACUCAGAGCCAUAUCCCCUUCUUCCCCGGGGCGGGGGCCGGGCCUGGCCGGCUGAGGCGGGGGAGGGCCGGGAGGGCGCCAGGCCGAGCCGGCCUGUCUGCGGAGAUGGAUGACAGCAAGGUUGUUGGAGGCAAGGUGAAAAAGCCUGGUAAACGAGGGCGGAAGCCAGCCAAAAUUGACUUGAAAGCAAAACUUGAGCGGAGCCGACAGAGUGCAAGAGAAUGCCGGGCCAGGAAAAAGCUGAGGUACCAGUACUUGGAGGAGUUGGUGUCCAGUCGGGAAAGAGCCAUAUGUGCACUUCGAGAGGAACUGGAAAUGUACAAGCAAUGGUGCAUGGCCAUGGACCAAGGGAAAAUCCCUUCUGAAAUAAGGGCCCUCCUCACUGGAGAGGAGCAGAACAAGUGUCAGCAGAGCUCAAGCAGGCAUCCCAAAGCUGGGAAGAUGGAGGCUAACACCAAUCUGUUGCUGGGGAAUUGAACCCGUGGCUUCAGAAAUGGGAGGAUGAAGAGCAUAUAAAAUGCAGCCAGUGAUCAAAACCAAUGGUCCAAGGUCAAUGGAAGACAAAUGGCCAGGACUUUGCUUCUUGGCUCCAUUUACCGCUUACUGCUCAGUAGGCAUGUCUGUAAAUCCGAAGUUUCUACCAAAAUGUGUGAUCAGACAUCACGAAGGCCUUUGCUUUAAUUUUCCACACCUAGAAGACUUGCCAACAUUCAGACCUGUUCUGUAUUGCUCUACAUGCUGGUCAACAAGUUAUAAUGCCUGAAACCCCAGGAGUAGAGGAAAGGAGAGGAAAAGCGCAUGUUUGCACCUUAGCCAUAUGGCUUUUCUGGUUAAUUUCUAUUUUCCUAUGUAACCCGUGUGUGUGUGUGUACGUGUGCGUGUGCGUGUGCGUGUGUGCGUGUGCGUGUGUGUGUGUGUGUGUUCAGGUGUCACUUCUCUUCAUGUUUUUAAUCACCUACAAAACCAAAUGGGCUGUGUUGUUCCCUGUGGUUCUCAGCCUCUAUGGACACAAUGUUACUCCUUUCCAUGUACUUGAGUAAUGUUUGACCGUCUGCGAGCCAUUCCAGCAUAAGCUGUGAGUACAUAUUAACAGAUAUAUACAUUUCUAUUUUUAUAAUCCAUAGUGAUAUGCCUGUUUUAAAGAAUGUUCAUAAGAAAUGCAACAAGAAAGCCCCAGACAGCCUCUUUGUGCUGUUUCCUCAGACUGUGUUUAUGAAAGUUGGCUUGGGCCAAAUCCAUGCUUGGAAAAGAAUUAGCCAUGUUUAUUUUUAGGUGAAAAGUAACCUUUCAGUAGCAUUCAUUAUCUUAACCUGCAGUAAGCAUGUGCACAUGUGUUUCGUUGUAUGUCUACAUGUACAUGGUAGACAGGAGUGAAUGUUCACACACAUUUGCUUGUGUACUCAACUAAGGCAUGGAAUAUUUUUUGAAGAACACAGAAUGAAACUAGCUGCUGAGACUGAGUGUCUGCCUUCCUGUCUAGAGCAUGGGCACACUGCUGGUAACGCUAACGGCUGUUGCAGUUGGCAGAAUACUCAGUCUCUUCCUGACAUGAGUGUCCGUAUGAAUGUGUUCUGAGCCGGAGAGAAGCCGACUGUGUGCUCGUACCCACUUCAGCCUGUGCCUCCACUGUGGUGGGGCAUCCUGAGCUGUACCUUGUGCUGCAGCUCGGGGCCUGGCAGGUAUGUGGAGUGGCAGGUGGCUCUGUAUCAUAGCUGCAUUUACAUGGCAUGGAGUGAAGGUUGAGGGGCAGAGCUCAUAGUAGGAUAUGCUGAGGAUGAGGACUCUACAUCUUCACUCUUGCUGCUUCAGUCAGAUGCCCUGUUCUCUGUUGCUGCUAAAUUAGAACUGUUCCUCACGCUGAUGAGGCAGGAACUUGGCUUCCAAAAAAGAAGUGUUUGCCACAGACUGGCAGUUGAGGAGGAGGUGUGAUAGUCUUCAGGCAUGUCCAGCCUUUGACAUUGUGACUUGAAGCCUGAGAACUGAAUGUUUUAAGUGCGUUUACAGUUUUGUGCUGGGACACAUUUCCUAGCUACUCUGAGGCAUGUGCAGCCUGCAAGCCAUGGCUCAGACUUGCCUGACAGGUUGUCUGUGAGGUGGAACAUGAGAUGGAUCUCUUGGCAGGCAUUUAAACAAAUGCUUCCCCUUACCCUAAAGAUCCCUUGAUUUCAAGCUUCAAACUUAGGUGUGUAUGACUGCCGACAGACCACUAGCCCAGCUUGCUGGGUUCUCUGUGUUUAAGAAAAAUGGACAUUUAAGGAUAUUUAAUGUCUUCUUAGGACCAUAAAUGUAGACAAAGGAUUGUUGAUAUUCAGGCCCUUCAGAAUUUAAGUGUUUUUAAAUAUAGUGUUCAGACUGUAAUGGGUGUGUUCUACCAGCUGGUCUACUCAGUCAUAUUAUUUUUACUUUGCAGAACAGCCCAUGACUUUAUGUUGCUUGUUCAGUACCUUUUGAAUUCUCUAGAAAAGUUGUUUUCAAAGCAAACAUUCCAUGAUGAAUGUGGCUCCUCAGUGGCAUGUCUGUAUUGUGCUUGAAGAUUCUGCAGGUUCUGACAGUAAUUGCAGGGUCAGCCCCAAGUAGAGGAGAUGGACUUUGGAGUGAGAUUUGAUUGCACUUUGAGUCUAUUUGUGUGCCUAGAUCGUUUUAGUGUUCUGGAGUAUUCAAGCCAAGAGAAUGGCCCUUGAUGGUGAGUGCUCUGGGAACUGUGUUGGCCCUUCUCCCUCAGAGCCUGGGAUCUCAUCACUGAUCCUGAUCCAACAGCAUCUUCAUCUCCAUUCCCAUCCAGUGGCACUGCAGACUAACUGCACUUCCUUCCCAGAGGACAGCAGGCUGAGAGGACAGAGCCCUGGGCCCUCAUCCAGGGCAGGAAGAGGCCUGUGCCUCACUCCACAGAGCCUGUCUCCUCUUUCUUUUUAUCUCGGAGAUGUAGGAGAAAAUAUAAUUGUGAAUUCACACCAAUCUGACUCUAUCAUUUUAGAACCCACUUCCCACAUAUUGGAGCAACCAGUGCAAUAUGGAAUUGAUCUGGUCUGGUCAACUUUUAGGCUGUAACUGAAGUUCUUGUUUUCUAUCUUAUUUAAAAUAUUUUGUGAUACCUGAAUCAGAACCUUAUAGCAGCCGUCCCUGUCACUAUUUGCCUUGUGGACAGUGCUUAGCAUCACCGUCUAGAGUUUACCAUCUUUGAACUGUGAUGGGUUUGCUUUGGCUGGUUAUAAAAAAUACAGAUUUAAACUGGGCUUCACUUUUAGUUAAAGGCAAGUAAAAUUAACAAAAAUAAAUAUAUUUCACAAAAAUCAGCUGCAUGUUGUUACAUAUAUUAAAAUACAUAUUUUGUUUUUUAAAGAUGAGAGCUAAUUAAACCACAUGGUAUUUGGGGGCAAUGAAGGAUGUUUUUCUUAGAAGAGCAUUGUACAAUUAUAUUUUUUAUGAAAAAUAAAGUAUAUUCAUCAAAUCAUG